AAAAUACCUUCGAAGUCGAAUACCCGAAUACGGGUCGAGGGACCCGACCCAGUCUAUACAGUCAGGUGCCACAACUGCAAACGCGUGCAGUGGUUCAACUCCUAUGACACGUAGACUCGGUACUAGUGCAACGUGUGCAAAUGCAUCAUACGCCCAUUUCGUCCAUCGACGCGACGUACGUGACGGGGAUUCGACGUGACCGACUAGCAUGACUAGUGUCGUGUAACGCUUUCGACAGAUUUUCGGGAAGUUGUAUUGUUUCUUACAUAUCACGCAUAAGCCGAAAACUGAUUUUAUUAGAAGAGACUCUAAAGGUUUCUAGGUGCAGUCAAGUAUGGCUGACUCCAGUGUUAAAAAUCCCCCACCGGAGAACUUCAAAGGAUGGCUCUACAAGUGGACAAAUUACAUCAAGGGCUACCAGAGGCGUUGUAACCAAGCUGAAAUGGCCCACACUUGCCGUGGCACUAUUAAUCUGUCUGGUGCCUACAUCGACACAGAGGACUCUUGUAACUUUGUCAUCUCCAGCGGCACGCAGACCUUUCAUCUCAAAGCCAGCUCUGAGGUAGAAAGACAACGAUGGGUAACAUCACUGGAAUUGGCCAAGGCUAGAGCCAUACAAAUGAUGGAAGAAGAUUCAGAUGAUGAAGAAGAACUGCCGUCAGAUGUAGACCGCACAGAGCUGCAGACAACCUUGCAUAUCCUGACAGCAAACUAG